AGCACCUGUCGUGUGUCAGCAAUUCACAAAGUUGUCUUGCUGCAAACACUCGCAAAUAGAGUAUUUGGAGGAACUUUAGUGGUCUCCAUUCAACAGAUGUGAGCGUAAAGCUUCAUGAGAACUCACUAGGCCUGCUCUGCCAAUUCCUCCUGUGCUGCUGCAUCCUUGCCAUGGUAAAUCAGUGUUGCAGCAACAAUAUGAGCGUUACACCACAAAACACCACUCCGGACACUCAACUAACCACCACUAACCACUGGGCUUCUACCAACUAUCUUCCAGAUGUAGUGAUGUCUGGUUACACGAGUAGUCGCCUGUGGCCUCAUGAUCCCCAGCCCCAGUUUUGGAGUAAAUACCAAGUGUGGGAGUGGCUGCAGCAGGUCAUGGACAUAAACCAGAUCGAUGCCUCCAAUAUCCCCUUCCACAAUUUUAAUAUGGAUGGCCACCAGCUGUGCAAACUGACCUACCAGGACUUUAUUCAUGCUGCAGGAAGCCUGGGACCCAUUCUCUUCCACAGCAUAACACAGCUCAAGUGGAAUGGAGAAUACCAUGUGGAAAUGAGUCAACUGGAGCUAAAACCAGAAUACAUACCCUGUGCAUAUUCAGAAGUCAGCUAUCCGCAGUUAGAAGCCUAUGACUCAUUGAUCCCCCCCCAUGUACCUGCUGUCUCACCCACGCCUUCCAGCCCUGAAGGCCAAGAGUCUUACGUUUGUCAGCAGAAGGUCAAAAAACACAAUCCAAGGGGGACCCACUUAUGGGAAUUCAUCAGAGACAUUCUACUGUACCCUGAACGCAAUCCAGGCCUUAUCAAGUGGGAGGAUAGGAAAGAAGGCGUGUUUCGCUUCCUAAAAUCAGAAGAGGUGGCACAGUUGUGGGGCAGGAAGAAAAACAACAAUAGCAUGACGUAUGAGAAGCUGAGCAGAGCAAUGAGAUAUUAUUACAAAAGGGAAAUCCUAGAACGUGUAGACGGACGCAGAUUGGUCUACAAGUUUGGUAGGAAUGCCAGAGGCUGGAAAGAGUCCGAGAAAUAGGAUUUCCCUUGUGUCAUGUUUCAUGUGUAUAGCAUUGAAUGCUGUAUCAUAAUGUAAUAUUUUUCAUUAGCUUGACGGAUCAAAUCUAUUUCAAAUUUUGACUUUUGCUAAUUUGUACCUUCGUUGCCACUGCAGUGAAAGACAUAGUCACAUGAAAUAACAUAUACUCGUACAGUAAAACACAAUGAGUAGUAUGAUUACAGAUCGGAUAGUCCCAAAUGAAGAUAUUGUUGGAUGCUUUAUGGGAAGGAUGACGAUCACUGUAUGAAAAUGAAAGACAAAAACAUCAAAUAAGCACAAUGUAGCUAUGAAAUACUAAUAAUGAAACAUGAAUUUGAGAUAGUUAUGCCUUAUUUGUCAUGCUUCAUUCUUUGCAUUGUGUGUAUGUCAAUGUGUUUUUCGUAAUAAAAAAAUCGUGUUUUUUACCUUU